GGCUCCUCCCCUGCAGUCUUGCACAGGUGUACCGGCUCCUCCCCUUCGGUCUUGCACAGUUGUAACGGCUCCUCCCCUUUAGUCUUGUACAGGUGUAUCGGCUCCUCCCCUUCAAUCUUGCACAGGUGUACGGCUCCUCCCCUUCAGUCUUGCACAGGUGUACCGGCUCCUCCCCUUCAGUCUUGCACAGGUGUACCGGCUUCUCCCCUUCAGUCUUGCACAGGUGUACCGGCUCCUCCCCUUCAGUCUUGCACAGGUGUACCGGCUUCUCCCCUUCAGUCUUGCACAGGUGUA